AUGAGGAAGCAAAGAUUAGGGUUGGAUUUUGGGUUUGACAAACAUUUCAGGGGUAGGGGACGAGAACGAUUGGGGUGGAGGAUUGCCAGGGAAGCGGACGGACCACUAGACUUUGCCAUUGAUGGGGCUUUAAGAUUGAGAUCAAACAUCGACAAAACUGUUGCAGGUUUUGUUGGUGCUUUACUUGCCUUGAAGUCAGCUGUCCGAAGAACUGUGCGAAAGAGGCUUUUGAAUUUCAUAUCAGCUGCAUUUCAUCAAUCCCCUGAAUUCGUUGCAAUUCUCAAGCAGCCCAUAGUAGAUAGGCUUGGAGAAGCUUAUGAUAGUCCUGAAAAGACCGACUUGGCAUUACAAUUAUGUUGGGCCAUUGGGGAACAUGGAGGGGGUGGUGCAUCUCACAAAGACACAGCCCGUGAACUUUUCGAGAGGCUAGAAUUGCUUCUUUAUGAAAAUCUUUCAUCAAGCCGUCUUGGUGUAGGAGAUUCGGUUCUUGGAUCAAUUAGCUCGACUGUUAGAAGAUCAUUACAAUCAAAGCUUCUUUGUUUUGUUGUGACCGCAAUAGCUAAGAUUGCAACAUACCAUCGCGAAGUACUCCCGAGGGCACGCGUGUCAUUAGGCAAGGAUGAAUUGCUUAAGAUUGUUGGUCAGAAGCAUCCAGUUUAUGGAAUUCUGAGCAGUCUGUCUAUGAAAUGCUCAUACAUAUUGUUUAACAAGGAUUAUGUUAAAGAUAUUCUGUUGGAGGUGGACCUACACAAAUCUUCCGGAAACAAACUGCUAUCUCAAUCUUGCAUGAAUUUACUUGUGAUCCUUGCAUCCUUCAGGCCAUCAUUGCUUACUGGGAAAGGUGUUUUGCAUGUUCUAGCAAAAGCUGGUGGAGCUAUUCGUGACCAAUUGGGAGAAUUAUCAUCUAGUAGGUUAGAUCUCCUAUUGGAGAGAAUAUUCUGUCUGUCUGUGCUUGUGCCCACAGGACCAUCAAGUGGGUCGAUACAGAAGCCGGGAAUGAUCAAUUGGAGUGAAGGGAGAACAAAGAUGAUUGCCAAUAUACCUUUUUAUGUUCUUGGAGGACAAGAAGAAACAGAAGAUCUUCGGGGCAAUGGAUAAAAAUGGACAUGCUUAGAUUAACUGGCUACAUUUUUAGGCGUGCAACAAAAUAGAUAAAUGAAAGAGAGAUUAGCAUGAAAGGGGGUUGAAUAUGAUGAAAGUAGACUUUCUAGGGUUCUAAUAAGGGUUUAGAUUUGGUUUCGUGUACAUAACUUUAUAUUAAAACAUUUGUACGAUAUAAGCACAAAAUAAAUCUGAAAAACUUAUUCAUAAUGCGAAGUGACGGACCUGCAAGAAGAAAAAAUAAAACGACACAGCGCCAAUGGCGUGCAUGAUUCCCAUCUAGUUUGAUAUUAAUCCGUUCCUCGAAGCAUUAAAAAUGGGUUUUGAUGAUCUUCCAAAUGAAACAAUCAUUACAACUGUAAAACCAACCAGGAACAACUGUAUAGCUGAAGAGAGCCACAUAAAAUCGAGAAAUGGAAAAGUUAUCCAAAAAUUGGUUCUUCGAUUACGAAAUAUUGUAUCCGGUGAAAUUGAGAUUCAACUAGAGUGGGCUAAUGUUCUUGGUUCCAGAGGUCUUUGAUAACUUCAUUUGAAUAUUUAUUAUAGAUGGGUAUUAAUAAAAAUGUGUGUUAGUAUGUUCAUUAACUUUGCAUGUGUUACAUGUAUCUUAUUUUGGUUCGGAUAUAAUUU